AGGUAGGGGGGGGGCUGAAAUUUUUUUGCCCGAAAAAUAAUAACGCCCAAAUACGGAGUAUGCUCUAACACGUGAGCCUCUAAAAUCAGUCAGAAAAUGAUUAAAAUGUAACGUCAUUGAAAUAAUGUUAAAUAGUAAGCAUUUUCAGAGUAAGCAUUUAAGCAUUUCACAAAUUUUCAUUAAAAAAGCUAAUCUCUUCCACGACAUCAAAUAAACAUAUCUACUAUUUUAUCGAUAUCUUUUUGUUAACAUGAUUUGCAUCAUUUUCAGCAAUUCACACACUUUUUUGCUUACCUGCCUAUUCUUGUGAUUAUUGAACAGUUUGUGUUUCAUUUCUUGGAGUUUAGAAACUCAUAAUCUAUUUGAUAGAAGGAGCUUUAUGACGAUUUCUGUCGAAUUCUAAGCAUUCACGCUUGCAUUCCCACAUCACAGCGUAACACAGUUUAGGGCACAUUGAUUCGGCGUUUUUCAGCCUUUUUUUCUAGGGCACAUUGUUUGCGGAUAAAUUUUUUUUUAAAUUUUUUAGACUAAUUAAGUAAAAUUGGAGAUUUUCCCCGACACACUAGGCAAAACCUGAAGGCAAUCCUGUGUGUGGUAACACAGAGGUUUAAAACGUUGCCUUAGUUUGAUAACCAAGGGCCCCCAACAGAAGGGGGCCCAAGGUGCUUUUACAUCCAUAUCUUUAAAGCUUUGAAAGCUCUUUAACUUUUGAAAGUCUCUAAAACUCAGUUCCACCUAGCUAACGAGAAAAUAACUCUCAUUUUCAUCCUUUUCUAUUAUGUUUGACAUGCUCACACAAUUGAAAGGGAUCUUCUUGCUGUCCGUGAAUAAAUGUCCCGUAGCAGUUUUUUGCUUAGGGCACUAGAUGCCUCUGUUACGCCAAAAACUUGUUGAGUCUCGAUCACUAAAUCGAGCAUAGAUUUCUUCCAAAGCUUUAUCCAUUACAUUGUAGAAUCAAUUGAACAGAUUUUUGCUUUCUAGAUAGGUUUUGGGGUCUUUAGCCUUGCAAAGAAAAUAAGUGUCCUGUCCACUGCCUUCACUGGCUCCCUCUGGCAAGCCCAGUGCGUUGCGCUUUGUCCUUGUUACUUAUAUGACAGUUCAUGUUCCACUUUUCUCUUGAAAUUUCAUGCCUUUUGGCGCUGGCCUCAAUGAAAAUUGUAGAGACCUUGAACAACAUCAAGCCCAUUUCUAAUUGACUCACUUUCUGCAAGAUUAAACUAAUGUCAUUGGCAAUGGACAUAAAUACUCAGCAGAGAACAGUCCUCCAUUCGCUUUGACAAGCACUUGGCUUUGCCGCUCAUUUUAGACUGUGAAAGCAUUUGACAACAGAUAUCUACAUACGCUUUUAAGCCCAAUUUGUACAAUUGCUGAAGACUGAGUUUUGUAAAAUUUAGCAAAAACUUCCCUUCGGACCAUUCAGUGCAAAACUGACACAAACUGACAUUUGUUGGUGCUGACGAAAGGCCGAUGUUUCAACAAUUAUGAGAGCAAAAUAGCCGCUUUCUUUUACUUCUUCUACAAUAUUUUCAAGCGCUAUUUGGGCUGUUGCUGUUUUCUCGCUUUUUUGCGUUUUUCCACCCAACAUAUUAUUACCUUCUUCCUUCACUUCCGAAAGGGCUCAAGACUACGAUGACUUAAUUUUUUCAUCUCAGAUUUUUAAACAUGUUCAAAAUGUAGAUAUUCUUAUUCUUCUUGUUUUUGGAAGAAUACUUUUCUUUAAGGUCUGGCCUAAUAGGUUUGAGGUACGGAGACGUGCCAGCAUUGAGGGGAACCUAUUUCUGAAAAGUGUGAAAUUAUGGGUAUAAGGUUUGAAAUAUGUGAAUUAUAAUUGAAUUAUCAGUACCAUUUGAAGAAAUAUGCAGGAUUAUGGGUACCAUUUUGGGAAAUAUUGCAAAACUUUUAGAAAGGGGAGUUUAGCAUUAGAAAUGAAAGUAUGAAAUAUAUGUAAUAUUGAGAUUUUUGGGCAAAGGACAUACAAAAUUUGUUUGAUGUAGUUUCCGGAUGUAAAACGUUGCUUGGCGGCAGCCAUUUUUGUGGUCACCUUACUUAUGAAGAACCUUAGCAUCUUGACCUUCCCCCUCAGCUUCAUUUGGUAGCGUAGUCUAAGAAAAAUGGAUCAUUUCAAUUCGGAAGAUGCAUUCAAGUAUAAUAAACAAAAUAAACAAAUUUCAAGUAGAAGUUUCAAGACUGUGUGAUUAAUUAUAUGAGCUGUUUGUUCAUUUGAGGCUUAGUUUGAAAUUUGUAGCAUUGAUAUUAAAGCAUAAAGCUUUUGAUUCAAGAAACAAAAAUUGACAAAAAGGAGACAACAAAUAAUUAUGAAAACAAUCUUUUGGUGGUACAAAAAUUGAAAAUGGCGUUCUGUCACGUGACUGCAGUUAUCCGGCACAGUGUAAACGGGUCAACGGGAAGGCAAAGUGAACAAAAUCUGUGAUGCAAAGUGUAAACGCAACUCGAUCAGAACAUGUUUUAUGCGGAUAGAAUUUAUCCGGCACAGUGUAAACGGGUUCUGUAUCCCCAAGAUGCCUUUCUACCCGCCUAGUUGCUUCUCUAUUGCCAAGGUGUUCCCACUUCAAGACCCGCAUGAGAACCUCAUUUUCCCUCAGGGACCUGUUUGAUUCAUGCCAAUCUCGGACGAAAAUUUUUUGAAAUCAAAAUAUCUACAUUAUGUAUAAAUAUCUACUUUUCCUCUGCCAUACUUACUUAAAAUUGGGAAAUGUCUUUCUCUAAUUAAAAAAUUCUUCAAAAUUAUGGAAAUUUAUUUCACAAAGCAAUGGUGUCUGCAUCCAAUUUCAAAAAGUUUUUUAACUAUCAGGAUCAGAGAUUGAAUAGCAGGGGUUGUUCUAACGUGGUUUUGUUACCGUUUUGUGGUGUUGUAUAUUUGAUUUGUGGCGUUGUGAUUUAAAUUUUGUGGUGUCAUGAAAAAGGCGACCCUCUGAAUCAAUUUUUCGCAAAAUAUAGGAAUCUUUUGGUAAAGCUAUAAGUAAUUCAAAUUCCAGCACCAAGUUAAAAUAUAAACAUAUAAUCAAAUAUAUUUGUCAUGAAAAUGAAAAUUUUGUCCACUCUUUAGCAUUUUUCUCUUAAAGCUCAAAUUUGAAAUGAAAGCUCUUAUUCCCUGGACAGGUUUCAUGUUUUAAGAAUUUUUCAAGGGCAGGGUAAAAAAUUUAAUGACAAAGACACAUCCCCGUAAUUUUUUUCAAGGAAAACCCCCCGGUAAUCGAGGUGUAAUUCUCGCUUGCAGAAGGGUACGAGAUUUUUACCAAAAUAAAAGGAUUUCCAGGAAUUAUAAGAUAAAACAUGGGGUUUCCACCAAAGGUGUACGAGAUUUUCAGAGAGUGGGUCCUACAUUUCGAUCACCGGCAAAUUUGAAUGCAUAUAUAGAUACAGAUUUUGGGUAGCAAUGAUGGUUCUACUUCGCAUAGAUGUUUUCAAAAGAUUGCAUGCACUGAUUGGCCUUCUACCGCGCCACAUGCGGCUUUGCAGCUACAUUUGCUGUGUACAACGUCAACUCCAACUUUAAAGUCAAGAUAAGAACUUACUUUUUGAGUUUUAUUACUACCUUUGUUUUUGGUUUUUUUCUCAAGUGUAGACUUAAAAAAUUUGACCAAAAGUUUUGUGGUUUUGUAAAUUUUGCUUAGAAUAACCCCUGCAGAUUCCUUGUGAUUUAUAAAAAGGAUCUACAAACAAAUUUAGCGUGUAAUGACCAUUCUAUUAUGAUGGCUGGGCUGUAUCCGUGGAGAUAAUAAAUAAUUGUUUGAUUUUAGUUCCCCGAGACGCUAAUUUUCUGAAACUCGUCUUUGCUUGAAAGAGUCCCAAAAGGAAUAUGACGUGUAAAUCCUUUUGAAGUUACAUAAGCUAAUGUGCCCUACUACAAACUGGUUUGAGAGUCAUCGCGUCAAAGACACUUUAGUCAGAUAACGAAAUCGUGAUAUUUUAACUAAGAUAUAUGGCGGAGUCUAAAUCAUUUUUGAAUGUUCCUAAAAAUGACGAUAAGAGUCUGUCAAACGAGAGCACUGACAAUAAAGGUCUCUUUGCAAGCAUUGGUCGAAGAGUUUCAAAAAUGGUUACGUCGUUCAAAUUAGAGACACCAAAAUAUGACAACGUGAAGUUAAAACAGAUGCCAGGCAACUGCAGGAUGAGUCUUUUUGGUAAUUUUUCACUGAAAAAGCAAGGGCUUGCAAUGCUCAAUGGUAUGGUGGAGCAGUAUCACAGUAGAGUGUUCAGGUAUCCAUUUGGACGACCAUCCACGAUUGUAUGCGAGGCUGAAGCUAUUUGUGAAAGCAGCUGCAAUGCAUCACAAGUAUACAAAGAACCUAUUAUGGGACACAAGGAAGUGAAUUUGGACCUCAUCGGUAAACACGUACCGUGUAUAUUUACAAAUGACUUCAUGCAUUCUAAAAGCAAGGCAUUCAUAAUUGGCUUUGUAAGUGUAGUAGCAAAAUACUAUCUGUUGCCUACACUUGUCGAGAUGGUUCCAUUCGUGCUGGAGAGUUGGGAAAUGGAAGGCCCAAUUGGCGAUUUGUUUGAGGAAAAAGUAACAAAGUUGGUUGCUACAAUCUACUCAAGGUCUUUUCUUGGAAUUGAACUUAAAUACGAAUUCGUUAAAUUGUGGAAUAAAGAAAUAUUUAAGCCUCAAAGAAGUUCCAAACGCUGCAAAGAAGCGUACCAGGCCAUAUACAGAAUAAUCGAAGAUUGUCCAAGAUAUGAAGAAAUGCUGCUCAUCGCAUCAAAGUUUAAAAUUAAGGAGAAUGAUAUGAUCAAUGAAGUAAUAUUUGCAUUACUCUUUAACGCCAUACCUUUGACGUCUCACGCUUUGAUAUCAGCGAUUGCACGUCUGGUAACGAUUACAGGCGCCAUGAAGGAACAAAUCAAGGUUGAAGGAGAGCAGCAUAUGCAGUCUGGUAUUGAUCUGAAGGCUAUUGCUAAGCUGUUUCAUCUAGAGAACUUCAUUUUGGAGGUACUACGGCUUAACCCACCUGCUCCACUAAUUUUUGGUGUUGUGAGGUCAACGUAUGUUCUGUUUUCUUCCUCCGGCAACUUCACGAUGAAUGAAGGGGAUUGCGUAGUUGGAAACAUUUUCGGCGCCCAUCGAGAUCCAGAAAUAUUCACGGAUCCAUGUCAGUUUGAACCAUCACGAUUUACAAAUGAUUGCUUGAAAGACAGUCUUCUAUCAUUUGGUGGGAGACAUACUGAUGAACCAAAGUCAAGCAAUCGCAAAUGUCCUGGUCAGGAUAUUGCGAUGGUGAUUUUAAAGAUGUGUCUACUGAAUCUAAUGGAAUGUGAACUGAAGUUCAGUGCGUGGCCUACUUUUGAAAAUGCAAGAUUGCAAAGAAGUGGAAUGCCUGAUAAUCCUUUAGCUCUUAGGCAUUUUAAAUUCAACUUGCCACAUUGGUGGAAAGAUUCAGACCCAAAUGAAGACAGAACAAGAUUUUGCAGAAGACUUUCUGAAAUCAGUGAAAAUACGUCUUAUAUGGACACUACGGACGAAUGCUGUUCAAACAUAUCCUUCCCCAGUUUAUACUUUCAACAGGUCUUGCUGAGAGAUCGAAAGGAUCUUCUUCGUCUAGUAGAUCGUGAUGCAGCCUCGUAUCACUCCGCAAGCCUCAAUUCUAGUCUCAGCGAAGUGAAUAUACAUUAAAGGCUAAACUUUAAAAGAAAAACGAGGACACAUAGCUUACAAACCCUUCAAGCAUGGUAAGCCUUUAAGGUGGCUUGAUAUCAUUGCCAAUCUAGAAUUAAUGUAAUUUCCAAGUAUUUUGGUAUUUGAUAUUUACUUGUCGGACAACUAAUAUAGAGCCAAGAAUCACUGUAGUUAAAUGUGAAUUUGGAUAAUUAGCACUAUUCAAAUCUUUAUCAUUUGAAAUGAUCAGCUGACCUUAUCAUGGUAACCAGACUCUAUAUGAAUCUAACAUCGACACUUAUUUACACCCUAAUUCAUCGCUUUCUAAAGUGCACAGUAAUUCGUCCUAUACUUUGAGCUCUCUUAAACAGUUCUGUUGCCAUGAAUGCUAAUGUUGCCAUGAGAGAUUGAUGAUAAGUCUCUAAAUGCACACUUAAAGCUUGGCUCAUCUAAUCGAGGCUGUGAACAAGGAUUUUCAAAACCUCGUUCCCUGGUCGGUUGGGAAACAGACACAGUACAUGGUAAUUGCUAACUAUAAAAAAAACAAGUCUCUGCCCAUCCAUUUAGAUUUAAAGAUUCGCAGUUAUAAACCAAGUUGUGAAUGAUACCAAGUAUCUUGGCAUUUACAUUGACCAGAAUCUAAAUUUGAAGAAAUACAUUAACGAGACUUCAAAGAAAGUCACGCGGGCAAUAGGAAUGUAAAGUGAAUGAAGAACAUUUUUCCUCCAAAAGCUUUAAAAAGCCUAUAAACACGCAUAUGAAUGCCUAUAAAACCGACUCCUGUUCUGUUUGGGGGUGAUGUGGCAACACUGAAAUCAAAAGAUUGCAGAGGUUUCAAAACAGAGCAGUGAGAAAAAAAUAAGGUAGCGGCUGUGAUGCUCAUAGUGAACCUUUAUUUGAAAUUCUUGGUUUAAAAACUAUCAAGGGAAUGAUAGAAACAGACUACAAAUCCCAAAUGGCCUUCUCUCUGAAUAUUUCCAAAAAAAAUUACUAGAAGACGCCGAAGUGCCGCAAGGGUCCUAAGAAACUCACAAGAGAAUUUAAAUCACCCCGGAAACGAACAAACACUGCCAAAAAAGCUUUCCCUUCAGGGAAGCAAGUUCUUGGAACAGCUUAGGGAAGCAAGUUCUUGGAAUAGAAACAGCCAAGCAGUCCAGCUUUUAUCUUCUAAAAUUGUUUCAAUAAAUCAUUACAUUAAUAAAAUAUCUUUUGUAAAGGGUUUUAAUUUUAUCAGUACUGCAAUAGGUUUUAUAUUGUAAUAGGCAUUUGAUUUUAUAUAUAUUUUCCUUCAUUUGUAAUUCAUACUUUAUUAUAGUAUUCUGGUAAGUUGAGCAUUUUUAGUAUUUGACGGUGCCUUGAAAACACUCUGUUGAAGGACUACCGUCAUUAAAGAACUGAAAUUAUUAGCAUUAUUAUUAUUAUUGGUAUUUUGAAAGUUAGCAGCUCUGAUAAGCAAAAUUAGGUCUCCACAGGCAGACGUACUGCACUACAUGUGAACUCCAUUCUGGCAGUUGAAAUCACGUUUUAGCUUUUAAUAACAAAGACAUAGCUACAUAGGAGCAAUGGCAGCAACAGAAAUUCCUGGAUGGAGGAGCCCUACCUUCCGAUAGGAAGGCUAAAAUGUCUUCCUCUUUCCAGGAUCAUAGCAAUGAGUUUGCUUUUUGCUUUCCAGAGGGGACUAACAGGUUCCAAAGAAGGAGCAAUGUAACCACGAGUCCUUCCCGUGUGUCACUUUUGUCUAAUCGCUUUAGGUAAAUAAUAUGGUGAAAAUUGGUUUAAGAAAUAGAUCCUGAAAAAAUCUGUUUCCAAAAAUACUAAGUAUCACAUCAUUAAAUUUGUUAAUUUUUAAAACGGAUACUUUUUUACCACUUUUGUAAAUUGAGUAUUGCACCAAUAAAUAUAUCAAUUUACAUAUUGAGACACCUUUUUUAUUCCACACUGUAACUUCUCCACCAAGUAAUAAAGAAAAAGAAGAUUCUUAUUUUUCACUCAAAUAUUUCUGUUUUUGUAUAUUGUAUCUAAAAGCUUUUUCGGGAGGCAAGGUUUGUCUGAUUAAGUGGAGAAAACAAUUUAAUCUCAAAUUAAAGUUCAAAUAUUUCAUUCACAUUAUUUUGGCCACGGCCUUCCCAUUUUUUUCCGAAGCAAAUGAUUUUAAAGCUGCAAUAAAAGGUGAAAGAAGCCUUGAACGCCAACUUUUGUUAGCCUUGGCCCCAUGGGUGUAGUGCAAGGGGCUUAGGGGCAAGGCCCCCAAGGGGUUAUUCUAAUGUGGUUUUGUUGCCAUUUUGUGGAACUGUUAAUCCGAUUUGUGGUGUUGUGAUUUCAAUUUUGUGGUGUUGCAAAAAAUCGACCAUCUUGAAUGAUUUUUUGGAGCAUGUAAAACUGGUUGAGUAACAAAAGAUGGUCACAUUUAAACAAAAGUUCAGAACAAAAUUAUUACAUAAGAAUUAUGGCAAAUAGUCAGUCCUUAAUUCAAAACACUUCAGCUUUUGAUUUUGGCUGUUUAUCUUCUUCACUAGUACACAAAAUUAGGUAGAACUUUUUGUGUCACCCCUUAAAUCAACACUGAUUUUUCCUUUUCUUUCUUUGUUUUUGCCAAUAUUGAAAUGCACAUAAAGGUACCCAUUUUUGUCGCAAAACUACUUCACAUGGAUGUUUUCAAGAGAUUGAAAUGCAUUUAUUGAUUUCCCCUUCCCUUUUUGAACAAUGUUGGUUUACUACAAAACGAUAUAGGGCAGUGGCGUCGCCAUCCCUGAAAAUCUGGGGUCGACGUACAACAAGAUAAUUAUAUGCAUCAAAGGAAAAGUUACAUGAAAACAAUAAAAGAAUGAAUGAAACUAAAAUUAAGUAAGGGACCUAAAUACUUCAAUAACAUCAAUUCUCC